GUCUCCUUUUUCCUUAGCAUCCAAGCUAAAGAAAACCAAAUACCACUGGUUUCCAACAUUCAAUUCCCGCGUCGACUCUUGAUCCCAUUGAUCGACCUCCGUGGUGCAAACUGAGAAUCAGAAAUGGCACAGCGUGAAAUGAUCGUGACCAACACGCCAGCGAAAGAUCUCGCGUACACCAACCUCGCCUAUUGUUCCCCCGCAGAUCUCCGAAAUUUCGUCGUUCCCGGAUCGAAUUUGGCAUACGCUCUAGUGGCUAAUGCUUUCGUCCUCUCCGUUUCAUAUCCUUUUGUAUUAGGUUUUGGUGUAAUUUCAGUGAUCUCUAGCAGUGCUCUUCGCGAACAUGGUACCUAGCAUGCUGCUAAACUUUUGCGAAUAAAUAAACUACAUUGCU